GUCCCUUCUGUGUUUCCUUAGUUGUGCUGGCUACAUUAACGUUAGCUAAUGGCUUGUAGCUGUUAGCCACCAGCUAAAGUGGUCCAGGAGUCAAAUUUAGAGUGAAAACUGCCCAUUUUGUCUCCGAACAAGCAACGUUGGAGAAUAUGGUUUUGAAUCUCUGUCUGCCGGCCUUUCAUACGACAGUUGAAUGCAACAAGCUUUGUGCAGAUGGCUAUGAUGUCACAAACCUUUUGUCAGCCGACCCUACUCUGCGGAGGCGGGGCUUCAAGCUGGAGUACUUCCUACGGCCACCUGUACAGGUGACGUUGAAGUUCGGCUUCCAGGUGGAGCUGUGCAGGGUGGAUGUGGAGCUGUGGUCCUGGGGCAUGGACCGAGGGCAAGUUUGCAAGAGGCUGGAGAUCAGCACCAGCUCUGAUACGUUACCCACCCAGAACUCUGACCAAGGCCACAAAGGUCAUCACAAGAAACAAAUGAAUGUAAAGGACCAGAAACCAAGCAGACAACACGAGCAUGCGGUUAAAUACGGCCAGAGUAAUGGCCAGCAGUGGAGACUUCGGGCUCAACAGUGGGGGGGGGAGGCCCCGGGCGAGCCUCCACGAGGGGGCCAUGCCUUCAAAUCAAACACGGAACCCAGUGAUCCUGAGCCAGACUUCAAACUGGUCGGUCGGUGCGAACUCACCGAGGAGACCCAUGUCUGUUUCACGCGUCCAAAUUUCACUCCCCGGCCCCCGUUUGUCUCCCCUCCGCCGCCGCGACCUUCGACCUCUCGUAAAGAGGAGCUGUGGAGUCGGGGACUGCAGUCGUUGGGCGCAGUGACGCAACUCCGCGUGACCUUGCCGUUCGGCGGCUCGGCGUCGGCUCUCGGCCUCAAGGCUUUGGCCGUGUGGGGACAACCGGCUCGCUGCUGCCCUGCAGAAGAAGUGGACAGGAUCCAAAGAGACCACGCAGCCAGCGAAAGACGCGUCCCCAGGCCGGUGUUUUUUACCCCUUCUGGCAGCAGGGAUAAACCAACGCCGCAAGCAGCUACGUCCCAAAGUAGUCUUUCCAUCCCAGAAGACUUCCUGGACCAGAUAACCCAGGAGGUGAUGCUGCUGCCCAUGCUGCUGCCCAGCGGCGUGUCAGUGGACAGCACCACGCUGGAGGAGCACCAGAAGAGCGAAGCCACCUGGGGACGAGCACCCAACGAUCCCUUCACAGGCGUCCCGUUCACUUCCACCUCCCAACCCCUCCCUAACCCCCAACUGAAGAGCCGCAUCGACCGCUUCAUGCUGCAGAAAGGGACGAUGAGGAGGGACGGGGCGGUGGGACGGCAAGGGGAGGGAGAAAAUCCCCAGGCCUCAAGACUUGUAGCCUCCAAAGUUGACGGACAGGCCCGGUACUCGCCCUGUCUCAGGGAAAGCUCGAUGGACAACGCCGCUAUUCAAUAUAAUGCUGCCGCCCGGAGCGCAAGCAGGACAUUGUUAUCCGAUAACGGGAGUCACACAUUUGCCCCCCAACCUCUUACCAUAGAUGGUAAAUCAGAGUCGGGGAGAAGAAGGAAACGAGAGUUGAGUGGACUUUGCAACAAAUCAUCUGAAGAUUCGACAGCCGAGACGCAACGACUACCUCAAACAAAAAGACAGAGAAAUGAUGGCGUUUUAGCUUUACUCCCGAGCGGCAGCUCUCAUGAGCAGCGUUUGUCCGCCAGUCUAGACGAGGCCCUCCUCUCCGCCCUGCAGGGCCGACCCUCCUUCACCUCAAACGUGUGUCAGCAGGGACGAGUCUGUCCUGAACCAGAACCAAUGAACACUCCACAGCAACGUCCGACUGCAGGCAUUCCUAGCACCCCAACAGGCGAGCAGACGUGCUCGGCGUGCUCCUGCUCGGUGUCGGUCUUCUCUAAAUCUGCAUCAGCCAUCUACCGCCUGAGCUGCGGCCACUUGCUCUGCCGUACCUGCGUGCGGGCGGAAUCCCAACCACUGAACUCCGUCGCCACGUCAACAUCGGGCCGCAUCGCCUGCCUCGCCUGCCGGAGCCUGAGCGCACGCAGUGAUGUCGUACGAGUGCAUCACUGACUGCUUCUCACAGAGGAGUGGGACUGUAUGUUUCACACCUGAUCACAUGAUGACGUCCGAAAUAAAUGGUGAUUUGUCUAACAAACAAUUUCCAUGAAACUUCA